AUGUAUGAUUUUGAGAUGGAUGAGAACUUCAAGUCCCCUGAAGAUAUGAAUGAAACUGCACAUAUUAAUGAUGCUGGUGAUACGAUUAUGGAGGAGGAUAUGAUCAUGGACGAGCCACCUCUAGCUGGAAUGGAUAUGACACACCAUGGUCUGAUCUUUGUGUUUAUUAAAAUUCGUAAUAAAUAUCCCUCUCUACCACCAGACUCUCUCAUUGAGAGUGGCUCCAGCUUGGAAGACGUUCAGGCUCAAAAGCCUUCGAAGAGCUUCACUCGUUACAGUCAUCGUCAAGGCCCUGCUGAUUCCACUGAAGCGUAUGAGCAGCAACCACGAAAUCGACGCAAUGAAAAGAGGCGUGCUUCUGAGAUGGUACCAGGCGGAGAUGUAGUCUGGAAGCUUUCAGCUAUUGAUGACACUAGCUCAGUGCUGCAGCUAGCCGCCCCUACCCACCAAGACAUUGUCAAUACUCAUCACCAACCGACUAACCAUAUGCACAAUACGGAAACGAAUCAGCCUCCUGAAAUGUUGAGUCAGGCUCGGCAGGUUCCGGAGCUCAAAGCACCAAUCAAUACUUUGUCACAAGGACCAUCCCAGCUAUACGAGAAUAUGAACUUAGGGAAGGUGCAAGAUCAAAGUUUGAAUAGUGAUUUGGACUCAGUUAAUGGAGAAGCCUCCAGUAAAUUUUCCUUUUAUUACCUUACGAUUUCAUACUGUACUCCUCCAGUUCCUGAUCACACGUUUUGUUUCCUAGGUCCUAUAAGCGAAUCAGAAGGUACCAUUUUCGCCCAACCUGUCACGCAUGCCAAUUCAAGUGUUCAUCAUAAUCACCUCCAGACACCAUCAAAUCCUGGUUUGGUCCACUCGGAGGCGCUCAAUCAACACUCUACCCAACAAGCCGAAUCACUCCAAUCCUUUGUUGAUACUAGGCAGCAUAAACCUCAGGAUCCCCCACACUUCACGGGUACUCCAGUACUGUCGUUAAUGUGCAACUUCCAAUAUGUAGGAGACAGGUAUCCAACACCCAAAGAUCAUGACCGGAGUACGAGUCUUCGUACUAUGAUCCUUUCAAAAGCUCCACCUAUUCCAUCUGGCUUCCACCACUCCGACAGCAAGAAUAUUUCAUCACUGUCACCCACUCCAGUUGGUUCAUCAAACCAGCUACCACAGCUCUUUCGUAGUGAGGAUGAAAUACAGCUUACAUCAUCGACCACCCCUAUCUCUCACCUAAAAGUACCAUCACGGCUUUUUGACACGGAAGGAAAUAGGACUAUAUCAAAUCGCCAGUCCAGACAAGUGUUCAGACCAACUAUUUCGGAACGUAGAGAACCAUUUCUUGGAACUUCCAGAUCCUCUUAUCCCGCUGCUCCUGCGCCAAUAGACUUAUCUUGUCCUAGGUCUUCAAGAGAGGCAUCCUAUCACCAGACUACACCAGCAGAACCCCCUUUAAGUUCUCACAAAUCAUCAGAGCGUAGAACACCUAUUGCCGGGCCCUCAAGAGGUCCAUUUCCACCUGCCCCUUUGACAAUGGAUCAUUCUUCCAUGAUGGACAUAUCUCCCUCAUCAGUCCUAGAAUAUCGUCUUUAUUAA